CGAAGUAGUCAUGGUACUAUGUGGUAACCAAGUGUUUCCGGUAGAUGGCAAUAUUUUACCGUCUUUAUUCUUCCCAUUGUGACCUCCAUCGUGGAAGCAAAAGCGACGACAUAGCGUCAGCAAGAUCGAUUCGCCUGCGUGCACUUUGAAGCUUCUCACGCUAGCUUAGCUUGCUAGCUGCUAACAAAGACACGCGGAAGUUAUCAAAGCAUCGCUAAGCAGAGAUCAAGUGCGAGUGUGAAGUAUUGUUUUUGUGCGAAAAUGUGUAAAGUACAAAUGCUGAGAGCUCUGCUCAAUCAGCGGCUAACUGCGGCCGUUGAGGAAAUAUUUGGACUGUUUGAAGUCAUGAUAGCAGAGUACGAGGGGGAACUUUCUCGAACAAAAGAGGAGAACGAGCGACAACGUCAAAUGCUGGACGCCAUUUUCAAGCCAGAGGAUGAAUUACAAAGAGCAGAUGUCGGUGAAGAUGAUAUUCCCCCUGAGCAGCAACAGCAGCAGUGGAGCUCCAGGGUGCAGCAGGAGGAGCUCCAGCCCCCCCGCAUUAAAGAGGAAGAAGUGGAGCUAGAGCCCAGCCACAUUGAAGAUGAAGAGAUGGAGCCAGAGCCCACCCACAGUGAAGUGUGGACUCUGGAGGAGGGUGAUUUCACCAAGUUCCCGGUGGUCCGUGUCAUUGUAAACACUGACGAUGACGAAGACAAAGGUCAAAGUGAGGAAAAGAGAGGAGUGGAGCCUCAAAGCAGCAGCUCAACUCAACACAUGAAAACAGAAGCAGAUGGAGACCGCUGUGGAGGAUCACAAGGAGACGUAGCACCACCGUCAGAUAGCGAGGACGCAUCAUACUCUCCUGAUACCGAUGAUGAAGACUCAAAAGCUGAUAAGACAUGUCACACUGACAGCAAAAGCUUGAAAUGUCCUGUGUGCAACAAAACCUUUACCUACGGCAGUUACCUGACGCGACACAUGAGGAAACACACGGGGGAGCAACCAUACAUCUGCUCGGUUUGUGGGAAAGGAUUCUCAGAAAAGGGGAACUUGAUGAAACACUCGAGAACGCACACCGGAGAGAAACCGUUUUCCUGCACAAUCUGCAACAAAAGCUUCCGAGAGCCGUCGACGUUGAACAAACACAAGAGAACACACACGGGAGAAAAACCUUUCACGUGCUCGUUUUGCGGCAAAAAGUUCUCGCAGAGUGAGCACAUGAAAAUACACACAAGAAGGCACACCGGAGAAAAGCCGUACACAUGCACAAUCUGCAACAAAAGUUUUAUUGACUGCUCGACGAUGGUUCGGCACAUGAGAACACACACGACGCAACACGCGGAAGUAAUCGACACAUCGGCCAAGCAGAGAGCAAGUGUGAGUGUGAAGUGUUGUUAUUGUGUGAAAAUGUGUAAAGUCCAAAUGCUGAGAGCUUUGGUCAAUCAGCGACUGACUGCGGCUGUUGAAGAAAUAUUUGUAGUGUUGGAAAGAACGAUAGCAGAGUACGAGGAGGAACUUUCUCGAACAAAAGAGGAGAACGAGCGACAACGUCAACUACUGGACGCUGUUUUCAAGAAGCACCAAGUUCUGUUUUCAUUUGCAGAUGUCAGUGAAGAUCAUCUCCCUGUGCAGCAGGAGUGGAGCUCCAGGGAGGAACAGGAGGAGCCAGAGCCCGCCUACAUUAAAGAGGAAGAGGGGGAUCCACAGCUCCUGCACAUUAAAGAGGAAGGGGAAGAGCUAGAACUCCCCCACAUUAAAGAGGAAGAGCUAGAGCUCCCCCACAUUAAAGAGGAAGAGGAGGAACAUGGCCUCAGUCAAGAGGGAGAGACAGAAGCUGAUGGAGACCACAGUGGAGGAUCACAAGCAGACAACCUCUUAGCUCCACUAUCAGAUAGUGACGACACAACGUCACACUCUCCUGACACUGAUGAUGAAGACUCGAAAGCUGAUAUAACAUGUCACACUGACAACACACGCUUUAAAUGCUCUCAAUGUGAUAAAACCUUUGGCAAAAGGGGAGCUCUUAAAACACACAUCAGAUAUCACACGGGAGAGAGACCCUACGUAUGUUCAGUGUGCGGUAAAGCAUUCACUAUAAAAGGACAUUUGAGCAGACACGGAAGAACGCACAGUGGGGAGAAACCACAUUCCUGCUCAGUUUGCAAGACAAGUUUCAGCGCUCGAUCAGCGUUGGUUCAACACAUGAGGACGCACACUGGAGAGAAACCUCACACCUGCUUGAUCUGUGGUGAAAAAUUUUCUCAGAAGGGAAAUUUGAGCAGACACACAAGAACACACAGUCAGGACGGUGUUUUUAGCUGCUCCAUUUGUGGGAAAAGCUUCUCUCAAAAAGGAUAUCUGAAGAUACACACGAGAACACACACGGGAGAAAAGCCAUAUUCCUGCUCAUUCUGCGACGCAACUUUUAGUGUCCGUUCAGUGUUGGCCAAGCAUGUUAGAAGAAGACACACUAGUAGCGUAAAGUGAGUAGUAGUUUACCUUCCUGAAAUGUGAAGGAUAUACACACUUUAGGAGAUACUGUCUUAAGCCAGCUGAGAUGGUCACUGGCAGCUGGAGCCUGUCAAACAGGACAAGUGGUGGAAAAUGGGUGGAUGAAGAUUUAUAUUGUAGCGCUUGAUCAUUCCCACAAUGCUGACGCAGUACACAAUAAAAGUGACAGGAAGUGUCUCUUGCA